UACUGUGAAAACAGUUUGUUAUUUUAAGUUUUUUUUUACACCUUGCAAAUGAACAACCGCACCUUUAUAUUGUACAGAGUCUGGUAUUUUUAAUACAAUCGAUCGAUGCAUGUUUAAAAGUAAAAGGUGCAAUUGCAAACGACAAAUUUGAUAGUCUGCAUUUGUAAUAAUGAAGUUUGAUUCAAAUGUACACACACAGCCGACGAAACAUCCUUUUUAUGGUUAUAGAAAAAACAGAUUUGAAAAUAGGUCACAACAAAGGACAUUGACCGAACUAUCUGAUAUCUACCGAACAUGUCGGAGAAAACACAAGAGCUACAAAAAAGUUCCGCCAUUGCACGGAUAUCGGAAGAAGAUAUCAACUUGAUAUCAGAGGAUCUAAGACUAAAACUCACAAGAGAGGAGGCUAGCGCAAUUUAUGAGUUCUGCGGAGAAACAUGCAAGAGCUACCAGAGAGUUUACGAGCUUGUUGCACCAACACCGGAAGUGAAAUACCCAAGAACACCUGGAUACAGGGAAACGGAAGACAGUUCUUGGUAUUACAGAUGUGAUAUUAAGGGGGCAGAAAAUGGACUUUUGAAGGGUAAAACGGUGGCCAUUAAAGACAAUGUGAGUGUGGCGGGAGUCCCGAUGAUGAACGGAAGUAAGCUCCUGGAGGGGUUCGUGCCCGACAGAGACGCCACUGUAGUUACCAGGAUACUGGAUGCAGGCGGUAGGAUAACGGGAAAGUCCGUGUGUGAAGAUAUGUGUUUCAGCGGCAGCAGCUUUACGGCGUCUUCCGGACCUGUCAGAAACCCGUAUGACGCAACACGAACCACUGGUGGAUCAAGCUCGGGCUCGGCCUCUUUGUUGGUCCGCAAAAAAGUAGAUGUAGCAAUAGGAGGGGAUCAGGGAGGCUCCAUACGUAUCCCCGCCAGCUGGUGUGGAAUUGUGGGAUUGAAACCGACCUAUGGUUUGGUGCCAUACACUGGCAUAAUGCCAAUAGAGAUGACAUAUGAUCACGUGGGACCUAUGGCUAGGACUGUGGAGGACUGUGCCACCUUACUUGAGGUAAUUGCUGGGUAUGAUAGCGGGAACGACCCCCGCCAGUUUCCCGUCAUGACCCACCCACCAUAUUCACAACUGGUAAAUGACGGGAUUAAAGGUAAGAAGAUUGGACUCCUGACUGAGGGAUUUAUAGGCGUGGAGGAGGACCUAGCGGGGAUUGUGAGACAGGCGGCCUUGACCCUGAAGGAGGCGGGGGCGGAGGUGUCCGACGUGUCCCUCCCUAUCCACAGCGACGGUGUGGCUAUAUGGACUCCUGUCGAUUUUGAAGGAACAUAUCAGAUGAUGAUUAAAGGAAACGGUCAUGGCUACGGUUGGAAGGGGGCAUAUGACCUCCCACUACAAGAGGCCCUGACGGGAGCAUUUGACCUUCGACCUUUUGAUUGCCCCCUACCGGUCAAAAUAGUUAUGAUAUUUGCUGAGUACAUGCAGAGGAAUUACCAAAACAAGUUUUACAGCAAGGCCCAGAAUCUGAUUCAGCAUCUUACAAUGGAGUACAACAGAAUUCUUAAGGAUUAUGACGUCAUUGUAAUGCCCACUUCUUCUGGAAAACCGAUCAAACUGCCUACCAGAGCCGAUUCCAUAGGCGAGACCCUGAAGCUUGUGCUUGGGAUGAUUAAAAACACUGCACCGUUCAACGCCACCGGGCACCCCGCCCUCAGUGUCAACGCCGGCCUCAGCGAGGGUCUACCCUGUGGGAUGAUGAUAGUGGGCAGAAUGUUUGAUGACCUCACGGUUCUACAGGUCGCCCGAGCCUUCGAGAAAAUUCGGGAUGGUGCUAAAUGAUGCUUCACUAAUAUGAGUUUUCUUGUUAAAAUGUA